AUGAGGAAAAACACGACCAAGGCCUUGGUCGACGCGGGCUAUACCGUCAACGUGGAGCGUAGCCCCGAGCGCAUCUUUGACGAUAGCGAGUUCGAAGCCGCUGGCGCGACCCUGGUACCUGAGGGAAGUUGGACCGAGGCCCCCACGAACCACAUCAUCUGCGGUCUGAAGGAGCUCCCCGAGGAGGAUUUCCCUCUGAAGCAUACCUUUGUGCAUUUCGCACAUUGCUACAAGGAGCAGGGAGGUUGGCAGGAGGUUCUGUCUAGGUUUCCUCGCGGCGGCGGCACCCUCCUGGAUCUAGAGUUCUUGGUGGACGACACUGGUCGUCGCGUCGCCGCGUUUGGCUACCAUGCUGGUUUCGCCGGUGCGGCCGCCAGUCUGAUGAACUGGGCAUGGCAGAUUACCCACCCUGGCGAGCCUCUUCCUAGCCUUACCUACUACCCCAAUGAAGAUGCCCUCAUUGCGGAAGUCAAGAAGGUCCUUGCCGAGGCCGAGGCCAAGGCCGGCCGUCUUCCCCGGGUCAUCGUCAUCGGUGCUCUCGGCAGGUGCGGCCGCGGAGCGGUCGACAUGAGUCUCCGUGCUGGUAUCCCUACCGAUCAGAUCCUCAAGUGGGAUCUUGCGGAGACCAAGGUUGGCGGACCCUUCAAGGAAAUCGUGGAGAGCGACAUCUUCAUCAACUGCAUCUACCUAACACACAAGAUCCCCAAUUUUGUGGAUUUGGAGUCCCUGCGCGUCCCUAACCGCCGCGUCUCCGUCGUGUGCGACGGUCUCGAGGGCGCUCCUCUUUCCGUCAUUGCAAUCGACCAUCUCCCAAGCAUGCUUCCCCGUGAGGCUUCGGAUGCCUUUAGCAACGAUUUGUUGCCCUCGCUCCUCAACCUCAAGAAGUGGAAGGAGGAACCCGUCUGGUCCAGGGCUGAAAAGCUGUUCCAGGACAAGGUUGCCACUCUUCCCAAGGAGCUUCAAGCCAAGAGCUCGUGA